AUGUAGUACCAUUAGGAGAGUAUCAAAUUGAAUAAACUCCAUCAGAUUGACCAUCUAAUUUGGCUUUUUAUAAUCGUGUCUUAACAUCCCAUAAAUGGAUAGACCUAUCAUAACUAUUGGAUGCUAAUGUAUUUUCAUCAGGAGAGUAACAAAUUGAAUAAACUGCUGAUGAAUGGCCAUCUAAUUUUGCUUUUUAUUAUCCUAUCUUAAUAUUCCAUAAUAGAGAUUCGUAUUCCGGCUGUAGGAGCUAAAAACCCCUACCUUAUUCGGGAUGCAGGUACCUAAUCCUCAAAAUCGAUUUCUUAAAGUUGA